AUGAGGAUAGUUCCCGACAAAUCAUGGAUCGAUAUUCCUCGUAUUGAUAGAUGGAGGGAUAAUCGAUAUAAAGAUGGAAUAAAUCAAUUCAUACAGUACGCCUUGGCAGACCCACGGAAGUUAAAUAGUAAUGUCGUGUAUUGUCCUUGCUGUUGGUGUAAAAAUAGGGCGUUGGUGGAUAAAAGUGAUUUACAGAAACACUUAAUAUCAGGAUUUCAUGAGGAGUACAAAUAUUGGACGUUUCAUGGGGAAGGAUGUCUUGAAGAAAUGGAACUGAUGGCGGAUAUCGGUACUUCCGGUGGGAGAAUAGAUGAUACGAGAAUAGAUGAUACGAGAAUAGAUGAUACACAUACGAUGCUCGCGGAUAUGUUAACAGUUCCUAAUAUAGAUCAAUCUGAUUAUGCCGAGGAUGCUGACGAGUCAGGAAAUGCUGGAGGCGUGACUGAUCAUGAGGAGCUGGCGCAGAUAAUGAAAUUAAUAGCCGACAAUGAAAAUGAUCUGUACGAGGGUUGCACCGAGUUCACCAGGUUAUCAUUUAUGCUGCGUCUUUUGCGUAUAAAGUCUCUUAGUGGAAUGGUAGAUAAAUAUUUUAAUAUGUUGCUUGUGUUGCUGAGAAAAGUCAUUCCAAAUGGAAAAGAGAGCAUACCAGAAAAUUAUGAUAACGCAAAGAAGAUUGUUUCCGUUAUAGGACUUAAUUACAAUAAAAUCGACGCAUGCCCUAAUGAUUGUAUCCUCUACUAUAAAAAUAACAAAGAUCUUCAGGAGUGUCCAAUUUGUGGAGUAUCACGAUGGGUACAACGCAAAAAUUAUUCAACACAUGGGACAGCAAGGUCUAUGUUUAAGCAAAAGAAGAUUCCAGCAAAGGUCCUGCGUCAUUUUCCCUUAAUACCAAGGCUAAAAUGGCUGUAUAUGAAUAAAGACACUGCUAAGCAAAUGAGGUGGCACAAGGAAGAACGUAUUGAUGAUGGUAAAAUCAGACAUCCGGCCGAUGCAGAGGCAUGGAAGCAUGUGGAUAGAACUUUUCCUUCGUUUGCCAAUGAGUGCAGGAAUGUUAGACUAGGUUUGUCUAGCGACGGAUUCAAUCCAUUUGGGAUAAUGAGUUCUGGUUGGUCUACAUGGCCUGUUGUAUUAACACCUUACAACUUACCGCCUUGGCUUUGCAUGAAACAACCGUAUAUGAUACUUUCAUUAUUGAUACCGGGCAAGCAUGCACCAGGCAAUGACAUAGAUGUGUUUUUAGAACCGCUAAUUGAUGAGUUAAAACAACUCUGGACUGAAGGGGUUAUGACAUAUGAUACUCAUGCAAAGCAGUCUUUCAGACUACGUGCUAUUUUACUAUGGACAAUUAAUGAUUUUCUAGCCUAUGCGAAUCUUUCAGGUUGGUCUACAAAGGGAACAUAUGCAUGUCCAGUGCGUGGUCCAGAAUUCAAAGGUCUUUAUCUGCAGCACAGUCGAAAGUUUUGUUAUUGGUUUAAUAGAAGGUGGUUAAAUAUAAAACACAGGUACAGAACAAAAAAAUGGAGCAAGUUUUUUGAUGGUACUGUUGAGAAGAGAGAUGCUCCGCGUCCAUUAGGUGGAGAUCAGAUUGUACAUUUGCUUGAGAGGUUCCCUGCUGUCAGGUUUGGAAAGAAGCGCUAUUCGAAAGAAGAUUUACUUGGAGUAAGGAACUUGCGUAUUAACAAAAGGAUACCAAAACGAAAAAGACAAGCACAAGCGGUGAGUGAUGGGGCUGAAGUCGUAAAAUUGCCUUCAGGAUGGACAAAAUUCAGCAUUUUUUUCAACUCCCCUAUUGGAGAGAGUUAA